UAUAGCUAGCCAAUGAGCCUUUCGUACUAGUAGCGUCUGUAAACAAUAAACAAUAACACGCUGGGAUAACAUGCAAGAUGGAUGCAGCAGCACCUGUGAACAUGGAUGAAACUCCAGAACCGCCCACAAAGAACAAAAUACAAACCUUUGUGUUCCUGGACACAGAGGCUACGGGUCUGAUUGGAGAUGAUACAAGAAUUUUGGAAUUGUCUUUGAUAGCUGUGUCAAGGGAGGAUUUAUUGAGCAUGAAAGACAGCCAAAACCAAAAAGUAGACAGCCCAAAGGAUGAAGUCAGCAAAACAAACGGCACAAAAACUUACUCAGCAGUACCAAAGCUACCCCGUGUGUUACAUAAAUAUACCAGACUCUAUUAUCCUCGAAAACUGAUAACACCAAAGCUUGAAGAGAUCACAGGGCUCAGUAACAACAUGCUCCAUCACUUGCCGGGCUUUAGAGAUGCCAGUGCUGAAGCCCUAAACCUCUUCCUGGAUCUCCCACAACCAGUGUCGCUUGUAGCCCAUAAUGGCUCAAGAUAUGAUUUCCCGUUGCUGAAGGCAGAACUGAAUUAUGUCUCUGCAUUGGAAAAGUUUUGUGAUCUGCAGUGUGUGGAUACACUGACAGCCAUCAAGGAUAUAGACAUAACCCAGCAAAGGGAGAGUGAAAGACGGGAUAUUUUAGAGAUAACAGAGCUUGCAGAGUCAUUUCAGCUUGAGGAAAUGCACGAUGAGCUAAUGGAGAUAGGCCCAAGCAGCAAGAGGUCUCGAUAUGAAAUCAAAGAGGAAGAAAAGUCCCAAGCAGUCAAUGGAACCCUCGAGUCAGCACCCAAUCAGGAAGCUAAUCAUCCAUUACUAGAAGUGUCACCCGAAGUGCCCAUCACUCCAGUAAAGGAUCACAUUCCAGGAAAGGGAACCAAAAUGCCAGCGACACCAGUGAAGCCUAAGGAGCCAAUGCAAUUACCCAUCACACCAGAACAACAGCCUAGAGUGUACCUCCCAGGAACACCAGGAUUCAGUCCUCAGGCAGGGAGCAGCACAAAGAAAGUCCGGCGCAGUCUGAAUUAUGGUGAGAACAGCAAGAGAAAAUGGGAUGGGACAAAGCCUUAUACUCAGAGUAAUAUUUACAAGAGAUUGUUUGGCUGUACUUUUGAAGCUCACCGGGCUGAGAACGAUUGCCAAGCAUUACUGGAAAUUUGUGGUCACUAUGGGGAAAAAGUUUGUUGAAUGGGCUGACACUUUUUAUGAAAGGUUUGUUGAAGUUAAACCCAUGUGGGUCAAAAGAAGAACAUUUCAGCUCAGCUAAAAUAAGAAUGCCAGUUCAAAUCAUUGACAAAUUGAUGGAAAUGACUGUUUUUGUGUAUUCAGUUUUAUGUUAUUUAAAAAAAAAAAAAUUUAUAUCAUUUAGUCAGUUGCACAUUUUUAGCAUUUUUAUUAGGUUAUUGAAUUUCAAUUAUCUAUAAUUGUAGAUAUACAUGCAGACAUAAAUAUGGAUAUAUACACAUCUAUACAUAUACAAGUAUAUAUAUUUUAAAGUUUGAAUAUAACUAAAUUUUUAUUAAAGUUUUAGGUAUUUGACAAAAAUUUUAGUUUAUAUAAUUAAAUUUUAUAAAUUUGUUGUUUAAUAUUGGAAUGAGUGUAUAUUAAGUUUACAUAUAUAAUUCUCUUGCCAGGGAAUAUAAAUUCAUUAUAAAAAAAUCUAAAAUUUCUUCCGAUUUCAAGGGUGUUGGCAAAUAAUGAACUUAUUAAUAUGCACUUAUUCUUUAUAUAACUAAACAGUAUUGUUAAUUCAUGUUGAAAUUUUAACAUUAAGAAAUACAAUUGAAUUGUAUGUUUUAAAUUGGUUAUCUUUGAUAAUGUAUAAUUCAUGGCUUAUAAGUUCAAGUCAAUAUAUAUGGCAGCAUUUUAACCAGAUGUUUCAUGUAUAAAGGCUUUUAAUUUCAUAAAUAAUUUAGUUAAUUAGUUCAAUAAAAAAAAAAAAUUCAUAUGAGCAAUGAAUUGGUGCAAA